AUUAACAUCGUUAUUAGAAAAUUGGUUGGCAAAAGUACGAUGACGCACAGUUCAUCCCAUUGCUCGAUCUCCGGACCCCCCAAAGCUCUGCCAACUCACAUACUAAUCCCCACUUGUAUUUUUCUCACACAACACACGCGCACACACACAGCCGAAGCGACAACACAAAUCUCUGAAUUCUGCAUUCUCCGCAUCGGCAUCACUUCUACGUUGACGGGUCAGAUAAGCGGAAAAAUGGAAGCUUCCGUACAUGCAGUCAAAUCAAAAUCUGGAUUUGGCCUCCAGAGCCGGAGGCUUUUGCCAAGCACGACUGAUUUGAGGAGACCAAGUUUUGCAUUUGGAGCAAGCGGUGUUGGCAUGACAAAGAGGAACAAUUGCUGGGGACUUAACGUUGUUUCAAGUUCAAUGGGAACGAGGGGGAGUGUUCGAGGUUUGUUCGGAUUGUCGGCCAAGGCCAGAUCAGUUAGAGUUCAAGCUUCUGAAGGAGAUGUCGAGGAAGUUGCACCUGCCAAAAUCCAAGUGAAAUCAUCUGGAUCAGUGUUGCCAUAUGUUGGUGUCGCUUGUCUGGGGGCAAUUCUGUUUGGAUAUCAUCUUGGGGUGGUUAAUGGAGCUCUAGAGUACCUUGCUAAGGAUCUUGGGAUUGCAGAGAACACCGUGUUGCAAGGUUGGAUUGUUAGCACACUUCUUGCUGGUGCUACUGUUGGUUCAUUUACUGGGGGUUCAUUGGCUGACAAAUUUGGGCGAACAAAGACUUUUGUGUUGGAUGCAAUUCCACUUGCAGUUGGAGCAUUUCUUUGUGCCACAGCUCAAAACAUAGAGACAAUGAUAAUUGGCCGGUUACUUGCUGGCAUUGGAAUAGGCAUAUCUUCUGCUAUCGUGCCACUUUACAUAUCUGAGAUCUCACCUACUGAAAUUCGUGGCACACUUGGAUCUGUCAAUCAGCUGUUUAUAUGCAUCGGGAUCCUUGCAGCAUUAGUAGCUGGUUUGCCUUUGGCGGGGAAUCCUCUGUGGUGGAGGACGAUGUUUGGUAUUGCAGUUAUUCCAUCUGUCUUAUUGGCACUUGGAAUGGCAUUUUCUCCUGAGAGUCCCCGUUGGCUUUAUCAGCAAGGAAGGACUUCCGAUGCUGAAGUAUCCAUUAAAAGGCUAUUUGGAAAAGAAAGAGUUGCUGAAGUUAUGAGUGAUCUCGAUGCAGCAAGCCGAGGUUCCUCCGAACCAGAAGCUGGUUGGUUUGAUCUUUUUAGCAGCCGCUACUGGAAAGUUGUCAGUGUAGGUGCAGCUCUCUUCUUGUUCCAGCAGCUUGCUGGGAUUAAUGCUGUUGUUUAUUAUUCAACUGCUGUUUUCCGCAGCGCUGGAAUUACAUCUGAUGUUGCAGCCAGUGCUCUUGUUGGGGCUGCAAAUGUUUUUGGCACGACUGUUGCAUCCUCAUUGAUGGACAAGCAAGGAAGGAAAAGCCUUCUGCUUACAAGCUUUGCUGGAAUGGCUGCUUCCAUGUUGCUACUUUCAUUGGGUUUUACUUGGAAAGCACUGGCACCAUAUUCAGGCACACUUGCUGUUCUUGGGACUGUUCUUUAUGUAUUGUCCUUUUCUCUUGGUGCUGGUCCUGUGCCUGCUCUUCUACUUCCAGAGAUAUUUGCCUCUCGAAUCAGAGCAAAAGCAGUAGCUUUAUCUUUGGGCAUGCAUUGGAUAUCCAAUUUCGUCAUUGGCCUCUACUUCUUGAGUAUUGUAAAUAAGUUUGGAAUCAGUACAGUGUACCUGGGAUUUGCUUCUGUAUGUCUCCUAGCGGUUAUGUACAUAGCUGGCAACGUUGUGGAAACAAAGGGGCGAUCUUUGGAAGAAAUAGAACGUGCUUUGAGUCCAGCUAUUUGAGACCAGUCUUGUAGCGUGUGAUUUUCCCUCGGCAGCAUGCAGAUGAUAAUACUCUUCCUACUGAUCCGAUAGUUGAGCCCACUAUCUUUCUCUGAAAUUUAUUUUAUAUAGAGCUCAGUGAGUACAUUAUGACACCAUGAUAUGGGUGUUGGAACGGUUAAUGUAUAUUACAUGGACAGUUCUUCACUUGACACUUUGAAUAAACAUUGGCAAGUUUCUCUGAUCUUGCAAAUUCAAAACAGAGAAUUUUAGCUUUA